AUACUCAAGAACGCGUCCUUCUCGCGAGUCUUCCUGCAGUCACAGCAAUGAGCGCGCCGGCAAGCAGCAAUAUCCACAACCUUAACGGGUCAUGGACCAUGGACAAGAAAUUGUCGGACAGCAUAGACCCGAUUCUGGAGCUUCAAGGCAUCCCUUGGAUUGUCCGCAAAGCCGUGUCUUGGGCGACAAUCACCGGAACGAUUACACAGACCAAGGAUGAGAAAGGACGUACCAUCAUCCGCACCGAGCAGACGGCGACCGGUGGCUUGAAAGCAGAGACCGAGACCAUCCAGCUUGACGGGUCCGAGCAGGUCCAUGAGUCUGCCGUGUUUGGUAGCCAGCGGGCGCGGUCGCGCUGGCUGGACCUCACAAGCGAGCACCCGGCCCCGGGGGUCUCCAGCAAGGAAGAGAUCGACCCUUACCUGGGCGAAGGUUGGCUGGAAGAAGAACCCGAGGGCUCACCCGGCCACGUCUGGAUCACCGCGACGAACGAGAGAGCCGGAUGGCGGGUGGACCAGGUCUGGGGCUUUGCUCUCGUCGACGGGCAGCGCUAUCACGUCAAGAAAUUUGUUGCCACAAAGGGCGAGGGGCGUGUCACCGCCAGGAUGGUGUAUGCGUGGGUGCCUGCGCGGUAAAACGUCGGUGGCCGGAAUGUCUGAGACGGUUCGAGAUCAAUCGUGUGCAUACAUACGUGGUCCCAUGGCGAUUCACGGGGCUUUUCACUCCUUGGCUUCAGACCAAUACAGCUCGAGAUUUUGUCGCCGGCCAAG